GAGCCGGCUCCUCCUGCCCUCGCAGCCUCAAAGUGGAGUACGACAAGCUGGCGAACGAGAAGACGGAGAUGCAGCGCCAUUACGUGAUGUACUAUGAAAUGUCCUAUGGCCUGAACAUUGAAAUGCACAAGCAGACAGAGAUUGCGAAGAGACUGAACACAAUUUUAGCGCAAAUUAUGCCUUUCCUGUCACAAGAGCACCAGCAGCAGGUGGCGCAGGCCGUGGAACGCGCCAAGCAGGUCACCAUGACGGAGCUGAACGCCAUCAUCGGGGUACGUGGACUGCCCGGUCUGCCUCUCACCCAGCAGCAGCUGCAGGCGCAGCACCUCUCCCACGCCGCACACGGCCCCCCAGUGCAGCUGCCGCCCCACCCAUCAGGCCUGCAGCCUCCAGGGAUCCCCCCGGUGACGGGGAGCAGCUCUGGGCUGCUAGCACUCGGUGCGCUGGGCAGCCAGACCCACCUGACGGUGAAGGAUGAGAAGAACCACCAUGAACUUGACCACAGAGAGAGAGAAUCCAGCGCGAACAACUCGGUGUCGCCCUCCGACAGCCUGCGGGCCAGCGAGAAGCACCGGGGCUCCGCCGACUACAGCAUGGAAGCCAAGAAGCGGAAGGCGGAGGAGAAGGACAGCCUGAGCCGAUACGACAGUGAUGGGGACAAGAGUGACGAUCUGGUGGUGGACGUGUCCAAUGAGGACCCAGCUACGCCCCGGGUCAGCCCGGCACACUCCCCUCCUGAAAACGGGCUGGACAAGAGCCGUGGCCUGAAGAAGGACGCCCCCACCAGCCCCGCCUCAGUGGCCUCCUCCAGCAGUACGCCCUCCUCUAAGACCAAAGACCUUGGUCAUAACGACAAGCCGUGCACCCCUGGGCUCAAGUCCAACACCCCGACUCCGCGGAACGACGCCCCGACCCCCGGCACCAGCACGACCCCAGGGCUCCGCUCAAUGGCGGGCAAACCUCCAGGCAUGGACCCGAUAGGUAUAAUGGCCUCGGCCCUGCGCACACCCAUCUCCAUCACCGGCUCCUAUGCGGCGCCCUUCGCCAUGAUGAGCCACCAUGAGAUGAAUGGCUCCCUCACCAGCCCUGGGGCCUACGCCGGCCUCCACAACAUCCCGCCCCAGAUGAGUGCCGCGGCCGCCGCCGCCGCCGCCUAUGGCCGGUCACCAAUGGUGAGCUUUGGAGCUGUUGGUUUUGACCCUCACCCCCCCAUGAGGGCCACAGGCCUGCCCUCCAGCCUCGCGUCCAUUCCCGGAGGAAAACCGGCGUACUCUUUCCACGUGAGUGCUGAUGGGCAGAUGCAGCCCGUGCCCUUUCCCCAUGAUGCCCUGGCCGGCCCCGGCAUCCCGAGGCAUGCCCGGCAGAUCAACACGCUGAGCCACGGGGAGGUGGUGUGUGCCGUGACCAUCAGCAACCCCACGCGGCACGUCUACACUGGUGGCAAGGGCUGUGUGAAGAUCUGGGACAUCAGCCAGCCAGGCAGCAAGAGCCCCAUCUCCCAGCUGGACUGCCUGAACAGGGACAACUACAUCCGCUCCUGCAAGCUGCUGCCCGACGGACGCACACUCAUCGUGGGCGGCGAGGCCAGCACACUCACCAUCUGGGACCUGGCCUCGCCCACGCCACGCAUCAAGGCCGAGCUGACGUCCUCAGCCCCCGCCUGCUACGCCCUGGCCAUCAGCCCCGACGCCAAGGUCUGCUUCUCCUGCUGUAGUGACGGUAACAUCGCCGUGUGGGACCUGCACAACCAGACGCUGGUCAGGCAGUUCCAGGGCCACACGGACGGGGCCAGCUGCAUAGACAUCUCCCACGACGGCACCAAGCUGUGGACUGGGGGCCUGGACAACACUGUGCGCUCCUGGGACCUGCGCGAGGGCCGGCAGCUGCAGCAGCACGACUUCACCUCUCAGAUCUUCUCGCUGGGCUACUGCCCCACGGGGGAGUGGCUGGCCGUGGGCAUGGAGAGCAGCAACGUGGAGGUGUUGCAUCACACCAAGCCCGACAAAUACCAGCUGCACCUGCACGAGAGCUGCGUGCUCUCCCUCAAGUUCGCCUACUGCGGCAAGUGGUUUGUGAGCACGGGAAAGGACAACCUUCUCAAUGCCUGGAGGACACCUUACGGGGCCAGCAUUUUCCAGUCUAAAGAAUCCUCGUCUGUCUUGAGUUGUGACAUUUCGGCGGAUGACAAAUACAUUGUAACGGGCUCUGGUGACAAGAAGGCCACAGUUUAUGAGGUCAUCUACUAAAUGAGGACUAAUGGCUGUCAGACUCGGGGAGAAGCUGGCUCGGCUCGGCUCAGGCAGGGCCCCCGAGGAUGGCGGAGGAUGGGCCUGUGCAGCCCGGUCGGGCCGCGCGCUGGUGGGCCGAGAGGCUGCCCCCGGCGGCCGGCGC